GACGCCGCGCAUGCGCACAAGGGAAAGGCGUUUCGCUCGCUCUCCGGCGCGUAGGGGUUAUGGAGGCGGAAGUUUCGCCCAGCUUCAUUCGCUCCCACCUUCGUCAAAAUGGCGGCGUCGACGGCUCUGAAGGGCCUGCUGGUCCCGCACGUCCUCCCGGAGAACUGCUACGACGAGCUCUUCCUCAGCCUCAACCUCUUGCACAUUCCAUGCCUCAAAAUCUUCAUCAGCAAGGGCCUCGGAUUCGCCAUCGUGGCUGGUUCCCUCAUGGUGAAGCUGCCCCAGAUCUUCAAGAUCCUGGGGGCCAAGAGCGCUGAGGGGCUGAGCUUCCACUCCAUCCUCCUGGAGCUGCUCGCCAUCACCGGCACCAUGGCCUACAGCAUCGCCAACGCUUUUCCGUUCAGUUCCUGGGGCGAGGCUUUCUUCCUCAUGUUGCAAACCGUGGCCAUCGGAUUCCUGGUCCAGCAUUUUGGGGGCCACACGGGACGGGGUGUGUCCUUCCUGCUUGCAUACUUCGGAGUCCUGGCCCUCCUGCUCUCCUCGCUCACACCUGUGGGGGUCGUGACGGCGCUCCAGGCGUUCAACAUGCCCGCCGUCAUAACAAGCAGGCUCCUGCAAGCAGCCACAAACUACCGCAACGGCCACACAGGGCAGCUCUCCGCCGUCACAGCCUUCCUGCUUUUUGCGGGCUCUCUGGCCCGAAUCUUCACUUCCAUCCAGGAGACAGGAGACCCCCUCAUGGCUCUCACCUACGUUGUGGCCUCGUCCUGCAACAGCAUCAUCACGGGACAGCUGAUUUAUUACUGGAACGUCCCCGUGGACAAGCGCAAGAAGGAAUAGGAGUCCUGGAGGGGCUCGUGACUCUUCCUGCCCCCCCCACACACACCCCACCACCCUCCUGGACAAGGAAAGGGGCCGAUUUUCCAGGAAGUUUUUUCUCUCUUCUCUCUCUCUCUGCAUUCUGAGCCAAGGGACAGUUGCAGUCUUUUUCUCUGGGAAUCUGGUGGGAGUUGUACCCUGGAAACUGGGGUUGCUUUUCUUAACCUGCUGUGAUUCCCCCACCCCGCCAGCGGGGCCAAUGUGGGGUAUGGGAAGGGCUCAGAGGCCUAUGAGGAAUAAUUGUAUAUUCGGGGAGGGGGUUCUGCCUCCAGACUCCUCCAGUAACCCAAAUACAGGUGGGAGAAUGUCCUGA